AUGUACAAAUCUCCUCCCAUUCUCCUGCCUUUUUUUUUCCAUCUCUUUAUCUUUUCUUACCUUUUUUUUUUAUCCCUAUUUCCUCUUAAUUCCAUUCCAGCUCUAUCCUUGUCUCUCUUUUUUUUCUCUUUUUUUACUUCUGUAGCUUUUCUUACUCUUACCAUAACAAAUUUUACUACUCUUCCUUCUCAUCCUUUUUCUUUAUUCUCUUUUUUAAUGCCCACAUUUAAUUUUCUUUCCCUUCUUUCUCUGUUUCUUUCUUCCCUUUCUGUGAAUAUCUAUGUCUUCACCUUUCCCAAUUUUCUUUUUCCUUUUCUUUCUUCAUUUCCUUCUUCCCCUUUUAAGAACAUUUUCUUUCCCUUCUUUCUCUGUUUCUUUCUUCCCUUUCUAACAUUUUCUUUCCCUUCUUUCUCUAACAUUUUCUUUCCCUUCUUUCUCUGUUUCCUUCUUAGCUUUCUGAGAAAUUUUUCUACCUCUUUUUUUCUCUGUAACAUUCCAUCUUCUUUUUUCCCCUUUCUGAGAACUUUUUGUUUCCUUUCCCUUUCUGAAAAAGUUUUCUUCCUCUUCUUUCUCUGUUGUCCCUCACUUCUGAGAACUUCUUUCCCUUCUUUGUUUCCUUCUUCUCCUUCAAAGAGCUUUCUUUCUCUCUUCUUUCACUUCUUUCCUUUUUCUCCUUUCUGA